CGAGUGAUAGGACAACUUGAACGUUCAUCCAAGACCCGAGAAAGGAUAAAUGAUUUGGAUUAUAAGAAAGAGAAGUGAAACUGUGUCGGAAUUUAUUUAACUAAAGUGAGUCUGGGAAUUACAAAGUGAGAACUAAUUAUUGUGGAUUGUGUGUUUAGAAUUGUGAAUCAUAUUUUGUAGAUUUUCUACGUGAGUUUGGAUAUCACAUUGUCUAUAAAGUGACCCUUCCGAAUUACUUAUAUUAGGAAAAAAACAGAUCACUAAGUGUGAAAAAUCUGAAAAAGGAUUAUAGAGAUAUAUCUUCGGUAUCAUCAUCUGAAGAUGAGUCUCCUGAUGGACGAGGAGCUGCAGCACCAGGUUGAGAUGUAUAAUAUGGAGGACGGUGGGAGGGAUGAGGAUGGGGAAGGGGGGAUGCCCGAGGAAGAGGAACCGGAUGUUUAUAGUCAGCUAGAACAGAGAGAACGUGAUCUCCUGUUGGCUGCUGAACUUGGUAAAGCUUUGUUAGAGAAGAACCAAGAUUUGGAGAAAAAAGCCGAACAGGCUUCUGAUGAAUUCUCACACAGAAUAGAGGAAUUAGAACAAGAGAAGUAUGGUCUACAUCUACGAUUGGAGAAGAUGGAGAUGGAAUAUGAGAACACAGUGAAAGAACUACAAUACGAUAUAAACCAUCUUCACCAGCAACUAGAAGACAACCAACAUAAUUCUCUAUUAGGGGAUAAAGAACGAUCCCAUACAAUCAGAGAUCUUGUGCAACAAAACGAGAGAUUAACAGAACAAAUUAGACAGAGUAAUGUACGUGAAGAAGAACUAGGAGAAGAAAUACAGAAAUUAAAAGAUAAAAUAGCGAUACGUCAUACAAAUAGUUCUGAACAUCAUAGUCAAUUAGAUCUGAUGCGGCAAGAGAUACAAUUAUUAACAGAGAGGAAGGCUGAUUUAGAGAAGCGAGUUUAUUCUUUAAAUCAAGAUAAAUUAUCUAAUACAUGUUCCCUGGAGGAAACACAAGAGAGGAUUUUAUUAUUAGAAAGGCAAUCGAUAGAAAAAGACGUACAGAUUAACAAGCAGACUCGAGAAUUAGUGGAACUACAGGAGACCAACAUGCAUCUUCAAGCUACCAUAGAUCAUAUAACUUUACACAGAUCAUCUGAUAAUAACAAGGGUGACCAAUCACAGACCCUGUUUAAUGAGCUAUCACAACUGUCAUCUGGUACAGAUCACGAGCAUGCUAGAACACCAUCCACAUCAAAUGGUUCAGAUCAACUUUCACUGAACGACAGUUGGCAACGGAGUAUGUCUGCUGAGAUGUUAGACAUGGAUGAUUUUGAAUGUGAUGACGACAUUGAACUUCCGGGAUUACUCGCACACUCUACCAUGUCACCUGACCUCGACUUCCUGCCAGAAUUUCCCCGUCCCGUAGCUCCAGCACUGGAUUGUGAAGAUGAUUUAAUGCGAAAGGUUGUGUUGGAUGUGUUUAAACAAUUAAAGAAAAUGAUUGCUGAAAUCCGAGGUGAAGAAAUAUCUUCCUUCAGCAGUUCAUUCGAUGACGAUCCUUCAUCCAGGGGAGAUAAGGCUGCUCAACUAGUAGGUUUGUUGGGAGAGUUACGGGACUUGAUGGAAGACAUGCAGAUGUUCCCUUGCAGAAAGUCUGAUGCUAUGGGUUUAGAUUCAAGGGCAGUUGCUGGUAUGGAGGAACAUAUCGGUGAAUUACAGAGAGAGUUAGAUAUGACACAGCGCCACCUAGAACAGAAUCAGUUAGAUCUACAGCUUCGUGAUGAACAACUGGAACAGAAAAAUAGAGAAUUUUCGAACAUGGCGCACAAGUAUCUAAUUCAAAAGUUACAAGUACAACACAGUCAACUAAUGGCGGUUCGUAAUGAAAGAGAUCAGCUACAGAAUAAUCAACUACCGGAUCUAACGUCUAAUGACGUAGUGGAAAAGGCAAGGAAAGAACGAGACGAAACGUCAUUAAGGAAUCAUGAAUUAGAAACAGAAUUAGUUCAGUGUAAAAUGGAAAUGAUGAACCUUAAUAAUCAAUUAUUGGCCGCCAUUAGACAGAAAGUUUUAUUAUCACAAGAAUUAGAUCAGUGGCAGGCGGAUAUGGAAGAACUCUUGGACGUUCAGCUCCAUAAAAGAAUCCAAGAAGAAUCCGACAAGGAACAAGUGGAGGUGAAACUAGAACAAAUGUCAAAAAACAAAUCACCAGGAAACUUCUUUACUAGAAAUAUCAAAAAACACGCUUCAUAAAAACCGUAUCUACCAGUGUUGUGUAUCACUGGUGACACUAAUGUUGCUGAUGACAACGUCCACGGUGCCAGAUCGUGACGAGUCAGCAUUAUAUUAUCUGCCAGUGAUCUGUCCGUCAUAUCACUGUUGGAUAAACAGAGUCUGGUUCACUGUCUGGUCAAGGGAGACUAGUCCACUGUUUGGUCAACAGAGACUAGUCAACUGUCUGAUCAUCAAUAUAGACUAGGCCUUUUCUGGUCAACAGAAGGUAUUCUACUGUCUGGUCAGCAGAAGCUAGUUGAUUGUCUGGUCAACAGAGGCUAGUUCUUCUUCUGGUCAACUUAGGCUAGUUCUUCGUCUGGUCAACAGAGGCUGGUCAACUAAGACUUUAUAGAAUGAAACGAGCUCAUAAAAUAUCAUCAGUGGAUUGGACAUCUUAGCACUGUCGAAGAGCAUGCACCCCCUGAUUCAUUGUUUCGUCAAAAACAUCUCACGGUUACGUAUUAGGAAUUGAAGUGGGUAAAUGGAACAUGGCAGUGAUAAGAAGGAGUUCCGUUUACUAUAUAUUGUAUCAUUUGUGUCCACCGUAGAAAGAAAAUGUUCGAGUUAUCGGAUUGUCGAGAACAUAUUGAUUAUCUUUAAAAAUCGUGAAGUGCGAAUAUGUUUUAUGCGACUACUUUUCUUUGUGUGUACUGUGUGAAAGUGAAAUCCUUUGACACUGGUAGAUAUAUUGCCCAGAUAUAUGACGUCAUUUUAUCAUCUACGUCAUCAAGUUUUGUGUACACAGAUCCGUGUUGCGGAAACGUCAUCCAUUCAUCAAUUAAUGUGCGUUUGUGGAUAUCAGAUGCUGGAGAUGUUGUCUGUUUUGCUUUUUCUUGUAAACGAAGAUGUAAUGAACCUAUUUCUUCUUGCUUCAUUCUUCCACCUUCUAACAUUCCCUCCGUCAAUGUGUUCACGUCAUUUUGCAAGUUUGUUCACGUCAUCAAUAUUAGAGUACUACAUAGAUCACAAGCAUCGUUGAUGUGCUAAACGUAAUGUAGAUAUGUGGCUUAUUAAUUGUGUUGUAUGCUUUCAAAAUAACGCCGCUUAAAAUUAAGAGAACUGUUCUCGGGCUAGGAAAUCGCAUAAGGAAUCAAGGCUGAUUAAUUUGAUUUACACAAGUUACUUUCGUUUUUACUGUUAUUGCGCGUGAAGGAAAACUGGAAUUAUUGUCAUUUUUAAAUAUAUUCUAUUGAAAUCACCUCAGCAAUAAAACCGUAAAUGGUCAGUUUAGUAGUAAACUAGUACAUCUCAACCAUACGUAACCAAAACAAUCAACAAUGAUCUCGGUAUAAAUAGUGUACAGAUGUCCUUUAAGGCCAAUAUUUUCUCGGGAUAUACUACGGCCCAGUUCCAACAAAAAUCUUAAAAAUCGAAAAUUUUGCACAAAGCAAAACUAAAUAAGCCAUUUUUAGAAAUCGUGUAAGUGUUGGUCGUUCGUUAACUUGAACUUACGAUUUUUGGAAACCAGGCCUUAGUCGUCGAGUUAUCCGAGGUCGAGAUAACGGAAUUCAACUGUAUUUUGUUUUCCAAAUUUCUGUUUAAAGGAUAUAUAAUUUAAAUUAAAUAACAAUACUAAAUAAUAAGUAUUAUAUAUAAGUUAGAUAAUUGAACCAUUUCUAGUCAAAAUAUUUAUUAAUGGAUACUGAUCCAGUAGAUCCUUUCACGGUUUAUGACUCCAUACCUACAUGAUCCCGUAUAUACCAUUAUAUGUUUCAUUUCAAUGAUCAAACCUUUUGUUUCUUCCAUUAAUAUCCAGUUUAAAAUCUUUAUAAGUCUAUAAUUCAAUUAAAGAGAGGGGUGGGGGUGAAUGGCGAUCGUUAGGUCCGUCUUCCAAUCAAGUGGCGUGGUUUCGAAUCCCCGCUUGUACGUGACAGUAAGUAGGCUUGCCUGUCCAACUUCGUGGGAUUUCUUCGGGUCCUCCAGUUUCCUCCCACUACUAAAGACCCCUACGCACAAGUGAAUUAUUGAAAUAAAAUUAAAUCACAUGUUAGUCCCGGAAUGACCUAGUUUGUGUCGGUUGGACGUUAAACCCCAUCUCUUUCUCUCUCCCUCUCUCCCUCUCUCUCUCUCUCUUUAAAAUUAAAUAUGUGAAAUUUUCCGAAAGCCACUAUUUGGCGCAACUUUAAUCACAUGACUGAAUAAGUGAUUAUAAUUAUCUAUAACUGUGAAAUGAUCUAGUGUAUUUGAUCAGUUCGAUAAGUAAAUUAUCAUCUAUUGUAUUCGAUCUACCUAUACAGGUACAAAAGAUCGAUAUCAAUUAGUGUCCAGUGGAAAUAUUACCUUGUAAAAAUAUACAUAUUAUAUAAUUCUAGUCAGACCUCAUAGAUGUCAGAACAAUUGUUAAGUUUUAAGCCUAAUGUAAGAAUGUGUACAAUUUGUUUAUAUUUUGUUGAAUUAAUCCAUAUCUAGAUGUAAAUCUUCUAUAUAACAAUAUAGUUGUUGAUAUAACAGGUGUCCUUCAUACACCAUGUAUAAACAAUAAUUUAUAUAAUACUGUACAGUCAUAGAACAGUUUUUAACCGUGUCAUCUUCGCUAACCAAUGGUUACGAUUCGCUUCUCUUCUCUUCAUCAUUGGCAGAUCUCGAAAACACUUUGAUGAUUCGCGGUUCAAGAUUUUAUUGGUUACGCCUAUCAUUAGCUGUAUCCAAUCAGAAGACUUUUUAUGCAGAGCACAUGUAUAUCGGCGAAAUGUAAACAAACAUGGCAGUGGACAAAGACUCUUGUCGCCUCUGCCACCAAAUAUUGCCUAAACCACAUAGAAGAACCAUAUUCGGAGAUACUUUUGGAGUCAGUCAACAACUAUGUGAAGUAUUGGGUUAUAUUCCCCAAAUUCACAUAUCAAUUUUUCUGUACUGGGCGCGGCCAUUUGCCACUCUCCAACAUACGUAUAACAAAACAAUUCCGAUUUGCUAGAGAUGACGUGUUUGUAAGGGGUGCAACUACAAUAUAUCACCAUGUGGCAUUGCGUGCGAACUCCAAAUUGUAUUCGAGAUCUGCCAAGGGUAAAGAGAAGGGAAGCGAAUAGUAAAUCUUGGCUAGCGAAGAUGAUAAAAUGUAUAAAAAAACAGUAAUUUUACCCACACCCAUUAUAUUACGGUAUUACAUUAUUUACACAAAUUAGGAUAAUCAAUCACUUUUAAUCAUGGUUUCAUAUUUGUUCAAAUCUGAUUGCAAUAGUUGUUUUUUUUAUGGUUUUAUAAGCUCUGUGAUUGGGUUGAUUCAAUUCCUGGCUUGUAGUGACAAGCAGAGGUGCAAGCUGCUUUAGCCUGCGUAAUCUCGUGGGUUGGCUCCGGGCUCUCCGAUUUCCACCGACUAAUAAAUGCCCUUACACACGUGUGAAUUAUUAAAUAAAGUUUUGUUUGCUUUUAUGAUUAUACAUUCACUGCCUUCCUGAAUCGUCAUAUAUUCACACUGUUGUCAUGUAGCCUCGUUCAACCAAACUCAGAAGGGCUUAUGUAAUCGGUGGUGUCAAUCUUCCGCGGUCUUCCAGAGUUUGGUUAAACGAGACUAACUAAGAUGACGGGCAUGACUACGCAACAAUAAUAAUUACGUCAUGAAAGAGGAUCUAUGUUCUAUCAUGGUUGUAAUCGGGUUGAUGUUAUUUUAGAACCACGUGAUGCAUGGCAAUAAUUACAAUAUUGUAAUCGACAGCUAUAAAUGUUUAUCAAGCAAUGUGUUUAUUACAAUUAUUAUACGAUAAAUAACCGGUCUAUUGAUAAGACACAAAUUUAUAUGGAUUGGUAAAUUUAGCCAUAUGUAUUGUCAUAUUUAAUAAUUCAAAUCAAUUGUCAUUAAAUGGCCGUACACCGCGUAGUCAUCCUCGAUCGCCAUUAUUUAUAGUAUAUCUGGCAUAAAGAUGCUACUGGCCCUAUUUCACUGACCACCCACGACAAUUAUAUUGUUUUAGUAUCUUUUGCCCGAUCCGUUUACUUUGAUAAUAAAUGCAGGAGGACUGCACCACACACAAACAAUUACACAAUACAGACUUCACUCUAAAAUGAAAACACAUUAACAAUAAGGGGGAAGUAGUAACUAUCGACGAUGACUUUCGAACCAGAUAAAUAUAUAUUAUAAAUCGACGUUCCGGUAAUUUUCGGCAUGUUUGGCUUUAUAGUAAAGGGUAUGGUACCGUGGAGUUUAAUUGUGCAGAAAAUGGGAUUUAGAUGCGGGAUUAAUAUAGGCUCUGUGUGUAGCGGAGUGUUGGGAUUUCAAAAUGUUUACCGAAAAUAAAGGGGCAUAACUCUUAUCGUUAGUUACACAAGCGAUAUUUAAUGUUUACAGGUUUGCUCCGUGUAUUCUGAAUACUUUAAAAUAAAAUUACCUAUUUAAUUGACUUAAUAAAUGAAAUAAAGUAAAUUAUCUUUUUGAUCAAUCAUAUAUCGAUCUCUAUUUAAGCCCGCAUCUAAACAUCGUCUUCCGGAACUAACGUUUUCGUCCAUGGCAAGACGCCAUUGACACACGUGUUUCUCGGUAAAAAUAUUUUAAAUUUGCUCGUAAGGAGGACUGCCAUUAGCUAUCUUAAUUACAGAAGUUGUUGUUUGCUGUUGAAAAGACUACCAAUGUACAGUUUAUGAGUUAGUUGCCAUAGUUACCCUGGUAGGCAUGAUUAGAUUGUUAUUGUUAAGAUUAUUUUGUGUUCAUUUCGGCUGUUUUUGUUUGUAGAAAUCACAAUAAAUGUCGACGAAAAAUAAAAAUGGAAAAUACA